AUGGCUGCUAACAAAGUUUUAACUCCAGAAUCUCAAUUAAAGAAAUCUAAGGCUAACCAAAAGACUGCCGAAGAAGUCAAGGCUGAAAGAGUCGCCAGAAAGGCCGCUAACAAGGAAAAGAGAGCUGUUAUCUUACAAAGAAACGCUGCUUAUCAAAAGGAGUACGAAACUGCUGAAAGAGCUGUUAUCGAAGCUAAGCGUGAAGCUAAGGCCACUGGUUCUUACUACGUUGAAGCUCAACAAAAGGUUGUCUUCGUCAUCAGAAUCAAGGGUAUUAACAAGAUUCCACCAAAGCCAAGAAAGGUUUUCCAAUUAUUAAGAUUGAACCAAAUCAACUCUGCUACCUUCGUUAAAGUCACCAAGGCUACCGCCGAAUUAUUAAAGUUGAUCGAACCAUACGUUGCUUACGGUUACCCAUCCUACUCUACUGUUAGACAAUUAGUCUACAAGAGAGGUUACGGUAAGAUCAACAAACAAAGAAUCCCAUUAUCUGACAACUCCAUCGUUGAAGCUAACUUAGGUAAAUACGGUAUCUUAUCCGUUGACGAUUUAAUCCACGAAAUCCUUACCGUUGGUCCACACUUCAAGCAAGUUAACAACUUCUUAUGGCCAUUCAAGUUAUCUAACCCAUCCGGUGGUUGGGGUGUUACCAGAAAGUUCAAGCACUUUAUCCAAGGUGGUUCUUUCGGUAACCGUGAAGAAUACAUUAACCAAUUAGUUAAGGCUAUGAACUAA